CCAAAAUGGCGAUGGACGGGAUGAUGUCCACGUCUUCGGGUCUGUCUUACCACAAUGUCGGGGACUUUUACCCCAGAAAGUUCGGCCCGAAGCCGGAUGUGGUGCCGUCCGGGGUGACCGAGAGGAAAGUGGGGCCGCUGGAUAAACCUGACAUGGUGUCGGUGGAUGUCAUUAACAUCAAUGAUUCAGAUGUCCACAUGCACAGGAAGAAGCAUGAGCAUGACACGUACGUCUUGGGCACCAUCCAUCCAUUCAGGAAGACACACAGAUCCAUCUUUGGAAAACUUGUGCAAGAAUUCAGACUAGUCUCCUCAGAUAGACGGUCGUGGAGGAUCCUGCUGUUCGGCACCCUCAACCUGCUGUGCACCGGCUGUCUGCUGAUGUGGUGCAGCUCCACCAACAGCAUGGCCUUAACCGCCUACACGUACCUCACCAUCUUCGACCUCUUCAGUUUGAUCACCUGUCUCAUCAGUUCCUGGGUGACCAUGAAGAAACCCAGUCAGGUCUACUCCUUUGGGUUUGAACGAUUGGAGGUUUUGGCAGUUUUUGCCUCCACUGUUCUCAUCCAACUGGGAGCCUUGUUCAUCCUGAAAGAGAGUGUGGAGCGCUUCUUGGAGCAGCCUGAGGUCCAUACAGGUCGUCUGUUGGUCGGGACGUUCGUCGCUCUGUUCUUCAACCUGUUAACUCUGCUGUCCGUCAGGAACAAACCAUUCUCCUACGUCUCAGAAGCGGCCAGCAGCAGUUGGCUUCAGGAACAUGUGGCAGAUCUGAGUCGAAGUUUGUGUGGCAUCAUCCCAGGUCUCAGCAGCGUGCUGCUGCCUCGCAUGAACCCGUUUGUGCUGAUCAACAUGGCAGGAGCUCUCUCCCUCUGCAUCACCUACAUGCUCAUCGAAAUCAAUAACUAUAACGCGGUGGACACGGCGUCGGCGGUCGCCAUCGCUCUCAUGACCUUUGGCACCAUGUAUCCCAUGAGCGUCUACAGCGGCAAAGUGCUGCUGCAGACCACUCCCUCCCACAUCAUUGGCCAACUGGACAAACUGCUCAGAGAGGUGUCGACUCUGGACGGAGUGCUGGAGGUUCGCAACGAGCACUUCUGGACUGUUGGCUUCGGAUCUCUGGCCGGCUCCGCCCACGUCCGGAUCCGCCGCGACGCCAACGAGCAGUUGGUCCUGGCUCACGUCACCAACCGGCUGCUGCCGCUCGUCUCCACCUUGACGGUCCAGAUCUUUAAAGACGACUGGACCAGACCCCUCCUCACCGGGGCCCUCUCCUCCUCUGCCUCUGCUCCCCCUCUGGGUCCUGCUGACGGCUACGCCGCCCUCCCCUCCUCCUCCGUGCCUCCUCUGCUGCUGUCCUCGGGAGGGGAGCUGGACCCGCUGACCUCCACGCCCUCCAAACCCAGCAGCCCUCCUCCAGAGUUUGCCUUUGACACACCGGGCAGGAAUGUGCAGCCGGUGGUCCUCCCCGCCCCGGGACACCACGCUCACAGGCCCUACGGAGGCCUGGGACUCGCCUAUGGAGCCUCUCCCUACACAGGGAUGCUGAGUCAGGGGCUGGCGCGGCCUGGCGGCGGGCUCGGACUCGGCGUGCAGGGUCUGGGGGCGGGUUAUGGACUGGGUGUGGGCGGGGUGCCCUCCUCUCAGAGCUACAGAACUGCCUUCGGAGGGUCGACGGCGCCGCUGCGGUUUGGAACCGGCAGCCCUCUGGCUUCACAGUCGCAGUACAGACAGUACCGGCCCUGAACUGGAACGCUGCUCCUUCAAAGACUGUGAUUGAUGCCGAAGGUCAAGUUUCACCACAGCUCCGUUCAGACGUCUGAUAGUCUGAUGAGAUUUAUUUCCUGUCCAGGCCGGACGGCGGGAACGACAACAUUUACUCUCAGUGUGACAACAGGAUGAAACUUUAGAGGACGGAGCUCAUUCUUUGAAGUUUUACUGUCACAUUUUGUAGUUUGAGCCUCCUGAUUUUAGAAGAGAGGUGGUCAGGGCGUUGUAGUAUUUAUUUUGUCGACAAGAGGACCAACACGUUGCCUGUGGAUGGAUUUUUUUGUCUGGAUGUUGGGAAAUAACCUCCGUCUGGGGCUGACAGUAAGAAAGCACAGAGUCCAAACUUACUCAGAGGUUGUUUUCAGCGAAGGCGGAAACGUCGUCAAGCAUUGAAUUUAAUUACUGUUACAUUUUAAAUUUCAGGCUUUUAAAGAACAUUAGAGUCCAAAAUGAUGAUGACUGAUCAUGUCCGAGUUUGAUGUAUGAAAGGAGAGAUAAGAGAUGAGGAGAAAAUGAUUAUUCAGACUCAAACAGCAUAUUGGACCAAACUGAGGGAGAAAAUGUAGAAAACAGGAAGAAAGAGACAUCAGCUGAAAGUGUCGCCUCAACAUGUUUCAUGGCCGCACGACUUGAAUUCAUUGUAUUUAAAACCAAAACAACAUGAUUGUCUUCGUUUGUAGGUGAAAGGUUUUGGUUUGCUCCACCUCUGCUUCAUGCCAACCUCAUUUUUCUAAAACUUUCUUUUUCCUCUUGAGAUUAAAUUUGGGAUAAAACUCA